AUGAUCUCCAACUUGAUCCACUCUGGUUCCUACAAUCAGGUCGUCGACACGUCGAUUCCCAUGGAAGAAAACCCGCACUGGUUCCACGGCACAUAUCUCAACUUUGCAGAAAACAUUCUCUUUACCGCAUCUGACACGGAUUCGUCGCGCUGCACUACCAUCCACAAAGAAGACGACAAAAUCGCGCUGACGGAAAUCCGAGAAGGCAAUACCGAUGUCGCGCAUCUGACUUGGGGUGAUCUUCGCCGGCGCGUGGGCCUUCUCUCCAAUGCGCUGCGCGCAAAGGGAGUGCAGAAAGGAGAUCGAGUCGCCCUAGUCGCGUCCACCAGUUUCGACACAUUCAUCGUCUUCAUGGCUACGGUCAGCUUGGGCGCGCUCUUCAGCUCCAGCAGCACCGACAUGGGCGCCAAAGGCAUUCUCGAGCGCCUCGUGCAGAUCAAGCCAAAAUACGUCUUUGUGGACGACUGGGCGGUGUACAACGGCAAGACGAUUGAUCUGCGGCCCAAGAUUAGCCAGCUUGUUACCGGCAUGCAAGACGUAGUACCGGAAUUCGAAGGCGUAGUAACACAGCCGCGGUUUCGAGGCCGUCCAGCAGGCAUAGAAGGGCUGGGCAGUACGCAGACACUCGCGACCUUUUUGCAAGCUGCAGAAGGAAACGAGGACCUUGUUUUCGAACGAGUUGCGUUUCGCGACCCUUUUCUGAUUGUGUACUCUAGCGGGACGACGGGUGUGCCGAAAUGCAUUGCGCAUUCGACUGGCGGCGUGCUGGUCAACGUGUGCAAAGAGAGCAUUCUACACAAGGAAGUGACGCCGGAAAGUGUGGUGUUGCAAUAUACAACUACUGGCUGGAUCAUGUACCUCGUAUCUAUCCAGAUCCUACUCUUCGGAUGUCGCAGCAUCCUCUACGACGGCUCUCCCUUUCGCCCGACACCCCAAGGCUUCCUCUCCAUUCUCUCCUCACAGCGCGUGACAGACUUUGGCACAUCGCCCCGCUUCCUGCACGAGCUCCAGAAGAGAAACAUCCGGCCACGCUCGCUAUUCGACUUGUCGCACCUCAAGAGCGUAGGCACAACCGGCAUGGUCCUGCCUGAAGCGCAAUUCACCUGGUUCUACGACGACGCCUUCCCUCGCUCCGUCCACCUCCGAAACAUCUCGGGCGGCACCGACAUCGCCGGGCGGUUCGGCAUGGAAAACCCGCUGGAGCCCCUAUACGCAGGCGGGUGCCAGGGCCCAUGUCUAGGCACAAAAGUCGAAGUCUACAAUGCCCUGAUCCCAAGUGGCCGCCCGGGCGAAGCAGUUGCAGACGGUGUCGCGGGCGAGCUUGUCGCCACCGCUUCGUUUCCCAACCAGCCCGUUUGCUUUUGGGGCGACGACGCCACGGGCAAAAAGUACAAAGCUGCCUAUUAUGCGCGCUUUCCCCACGUCUGGACCCACGGCGACUUCAUCCAGAUGCAUCCCCUCACGGGUCAGAUCUUCUUUCUCGGCCGUGCCGACGGCGUCUUGAAUCCGUCGGGCGUCCGCUUUGGGUCGGCGGAUAUAUACAGUGUCAUCGAGGCCCACUUUCCAGAGGUCGCGGAUUGCAUUGUUGUCGGCCAGCGCCGGCCCCAGGAUGCGGAUGAGAGCGUCAUGUUGUUUUUGAAAAUGGCACGCGGUCAUGAAUUCAGAGAGGGUCUGGUCGAGCGGAUCAAGAGCAAGAUUGCCGAAGAGAGGAGUAAAAGGCAUGUUCCGCGGUUUGUGUUUCAGACUUGGGAGAUUCCGACGACCGUGAACCUCAAGAAAGUCGAACUCCCCGUCAAGCAAAUCGUCUCGGGCAAGAAGAUCAAACCCAGCGGCACGCUGCUCAACCCCCAAUCGCUAGAGUUCUACGAGCAAUUCGCCAACGUGGAAGAAGUCGUUGAGAGGCUGAAUAAGGAGAAGAAGGUGAGGAGGAGGUGUACAUUGUAG